CUGCAGAUAAUACAAACCUGGAGCAGUUACGCCAUAUUUGCGUUAGAUAAAUUAGAUUAUUAGCUUAAAAGGAAACAGCAGGGGGCGCUGCGCUGGAAGCUUGCGAUUCAUUCUUCAUUAAACCAAAAGAAGAAGUGGCGUGGAGGUGAACGCGGCAGCCAGGAGCUUUUACGGAAGUGUGUGAAAGCAGAGUCACAUGAGCAGGCGGCCGGUUAAGAAACGGUACCCCGACAUGGACCUGGAGUCUCGAAUACGGUGACUGACGUCCACGGGUAGCACGGGAACAGCAGCGUCACGGCGUCUCGGGCCGCGGUGAACAUCUGUGAUGGACGAGAUUAAAGUGUCUCCGGACUACAACUGGUUCAGAAGCACGGUGCCACUGAAGAGAAUUAUUGUUGAUGACGAUGACAGUAAGGUGUGGUCACUGUACGACGCUGGGCCAAAGAGUGUCCGCUGUCCCAUCAUCUUCCUCCCUCCAGUCAGCGGCACAGCGGAGGUGUUCUUCCAGCAGGUGCUGGCUCUGACGGGCUGGGGCUACAGAGUCAUCUCGCUGCAGUAUCCGGUCUACUGGGAUCUCAUGGAGUUCUGCGAUGGCUUCAGGAAGCUUCUGGAUCAUCUGCAACUGGAUAAAGUACAUCUGUUUGGAGCAUCUCUGGGAGGAUUCUUGGCUCAGAAGUUUGCUGAGUAUACACACAAGUCUCCCCGAGUGCACUCGCUCAUCCUCUGCAACUCAUUCAGCGACACCUCCAUCUUUAACCAGACAUGGACUGCAAACAGUUUCUGGUUGAUGCCAGCGUUCCUGCUGAAGAAGAUUGUUCUGGGAAACUUUGCAAAAGGACCUGUGGACCCUAAAAUGGCAGAUGCAAUUGAUUUCAUGGUAGACAGGCUGGAGAGUUUGAACCAAAGUGAGUUAGCAUCGCGACUAACGCUCAACUGUCAGAACUCGUAUGUGGAGCCACACAAGAUAAAGGACGUUGCUGUGACCAUCAUAGAUGUGUUUGAUCAGAGCGCUCUGUCACUGGAAGCCAAAGAGGAGAUGUAUAAGCUGUAUCCUAACGCCAGAAGAGCGCACCUGAAAACGGGAGGAAACUUCCCGUACCUGUGCAGGAGCGCUGAGGUCAACCUCUACAUACAGAUUCAUAUGCGCCAGUUUCACGGGACAAGGUACGCUGCUAUAAACCCUGCCAUGGUGAGCGCUGAGGAGCUGGAGAUGAGCAGUAACCAGGACUCUGAAGACUACCAGUGAGCUGGCAUCCACAGCUCGGGUCUUUCUGAGCAGGUUUCACAGGACGCUGGCAGAUUUUCUGUGGAGUUCAACAGCUAACCAGCACGUAACCUGAGAUUAUUUUUUAUUGAACACAUGAAGCAAUAUUUUGAUUAAAGAAGACCUGGACACAAAUGGGACUUUUGCACUGCGCUUUGCUUAAAAAACAUCUAACACUCUGCCUUAUGUGGAAUGAUUCUGUCACUUGUACUGCCUGGACUGUGUUCACGCCUGUUUGGGACGGAGGAUAAAGUUAACACCACCAGCAGUAAACUGGUGUCAUGUUAAUAGCAAGAUGAACAGAAGGAUUCAUGGUGUAUAUCUGAAAAUGUUUGUAUAACUCCUUAAGAUAAAAUGACGUUUUUGUCCAGUGUCUUUGUCA